AUGUCCUGCAGCCUUUCCGAGAACCGUAAAUUAUUUUCAAUUUUAACAGAACAAAUCAGCGACGCUGGAUUGUUAUCGUAUGUUGGUAUUUAUGGGGACAACGAAUUGCUAACGAUGUCAGAAAUUGAAAUUCCAACUUUUUCGGAGCAUUGGAACACAGCUGAUUUGGUGAAUUGGAUCAAUUCUAGAAAAGAAUCUGUUCAAGCUCUAUUGGAAACAGUGGAAGCAGAAAUUGGCAGAGCAGAAAGUUCAUUGGUGGAGAUGAAAAAUGAUUUUGAACGCAGCAAUAACGAAAGCAAUUUGGAAGAAUGUGCCAGAUCUUGCGCCGAACUUCGUGAGCGCCUAAAAUUGGUAGUGGAUGCCCAUGCCAAGGAACAGAUUGCCAAAGAAUUUGACGCUAUUGCGAUAUAUGAUAAAGCCGACAGACGUGCGGCCGAUCUUGUUAAAAUUUUGAUGGCUCGUAAGUUGUGGAAAGAAAAUGUUAUUAUUAUUGAGAAUUUGGACGGAAAUGAACCGGCACCGGAAAAUGUUGUUGUCAAUUUGCAAAAAGCACAUGAAUCUCUUUCUGAGUUUCUGGAUGUUCCGGAACGAGCAAAUUUUCUGGAAAAAAUAAAGGAUGUUUUCUUGAGUUGGUAUUCGACGCGCAUUGUGUUAGCAAUACAGUCGGAAACACCGGUGGAUGAUCUUUUGCCAAUCAAACAGAAAUAUGAAAUGUUGCGAAGAACUGAAGAUUUCAAUAGUGUUAUCAGUCACUAUGUAGAAGAUGAGAAUAAAUUUAAUUUUCAUGCAGCUGAUAAUUUAUCCGAUUUAUUCUUGGAUACUCGUAGUACUAUUAUUUCAAAUUAUAAACGGCUAAUGGAUGGAUGGGUAGAAAAAGUUUUGGAUACUGCAGAUGUUUUUUUGUCGAAUGCAUUUAGCGGAAUUAUCCUAAUGCGGGAAAAAGAAAUCAAGGAUGCAUGUAUAGAUACAAUUGGAAAGACUUUAGAAGAUGAUCUUUCUUGUUCGCAAACACUGAAAAUGAUUUUAAAAUUCAGAUUAGUAAUGUCGCAAUACUUGUCACGUCCCGAUGAUGACAAAUCCAUAGCAAAAUGCAUUACACAAUUUGGUGAACUUCUUAUGUUUUCUACUGCCGGUGAAUACACAAAGUUGGCGACGUCAUUCCUCGCUAACUAUUCAAAUAUUUCACUAGAUUCCACACAUACAUUUGUAUGCUUGGAGCAACUUUCUAAUAAAUUAUCACAGCUUAUUCAAGAAAGUAAUUAUUUAAUGCAAAUGGCCAAUGAAACAUUUGGCAAUAUCGCAAUUAUUUUUUUGAUACCAGCAUUUCGGACGAUGUAUGAAAAUGUAAUAUCGGUGUUGGAUAAAUUCUAUAAAACGCAUAUGAAUAGGAAUAAUGUUAAAGAUGAAGAUGUUUUGCGUUUGGUGAGCACAUCAGGACAGCUUUUGACAUGGAUUGAUAACGAUAAACAGCGACUGAAAGAUAUGUUCGAACAAUUAGGGGUUGCUGAGGCAGAUCCUGCUAUCAGCAGAUUAUCGGAGAAGUUGUACAGUGAAAUUUCAAAUUUUCAAGACAAAUCUGUUAAAGGAGAGUGUGAUAUUAGCUUGGCAAAAGCGCGUACAGAAUUUCGGAAAAUGAACAAGCGAUAUGUUGCGCGUGCUGUGGAAGUGCUUUCACGUACCCUGGUGAAAGAUAUGGAAAACGGCUUACGAAGCAUUAUAUCGGAUAAAAAUAUUGAGAAUGCUAAAAUGAAAGAAAGCACAAAAGUACUAUCGUUUGGAACUUCACCCAAUGAAUUUGUAACUGCAGCUGGUGUGGCACUCCUUUCCUUGGCUCAUCAAUUGUCCGUCUAUUCCCAGGAUAGCAAUAUGGCUUCAGCUAUUAUGUUUGCUGCAAAAUUAGAAGUUAUAGAUGAUAUUCCAUCAUGGUGGGUUGGUAAAUGUGCACUUGCUGUGCAAGAAUGUUUUGUUGAUACGGUUGGUGAUAUUGGCGAAUAUUCGAGUUUGCUAUGCCGACAACUUUCAGUUGAUUAUACAUAUUUGGCUGAUGUAUUCGAGGAUUUGGGAACGACAAAAAUGUCGGAUUUUAUUAAUAUGCAACAGAUGUUCUCCAAUGCGGGAUAUCUUGAAUCAUAA